AUGACUGCCAACAAUGACGAUGAUAUCAAGUCUCCUAUUCCCGUUACCAACAAGACCUUAUCCCAAUUGAAACGUAUUGAGAGAAGUCCAGGAAGACCCAGUUCUUCUCAAGGUGAGAUAAAACGUAAAAGAUCUAGACUGUUUAGCUCAGACAGAAGACCUGAUUCUCCAUUAAGAGCAAGAUCUGCUACUCCAACGCUACAAGACCAAAAACUAUUCAAUGGUAUGGAUUCUACGUCCCUUUUGAAUGAGAGAUUGCAGCAUUAUACGCUAGAUUAUGUCAGCGACAGGGCGCAACAUAUGAAGAAUAUAUACGAUCCAAGCUCUCGGUGGUUCAGCAGAUCAGUAAGACCUGAAUUUCCUAUUGAAGAGUAUUUACCAUAUAAGACGGAAAGUCAUGAAGAUCAAGCGAAGUAUUUGUGCCAUGUAUUGGUCAAUCUUUAUAUUGCCAUUAGCUCAUUAGAUAUUCAAGGCUUGAUUUCUAUUUCCAGUAAAGAUCUGGCUGAUUUGAAAAAGGAGGUGGAUGAUCUAGCUCUUCAAACUGAUCUGUUCAGAUUAUCAAACAACACAGCAGAGAAUGACUUGCUUGGAAACGACAUUGCUGAUUAUGACGAUGCAGAAGGCCUAGAGGACGAAUUAGACGAAUAUUUUGAUUUAACAGGCCCUGACUUCAAUGCGACGGGCAAGAUUACUGCUAAAUCGGCAACCAUUGUAAACGUAAACCAUUGGACUAAUGAGCUCAAGAAUUGCCUGCAUUUUGAUUUCCCACUGACUUUAAGAAAAUCUCUUGCCACGGUUUAUUAUUAUUUGUCUCUUGUCCAGGGACAGAAGGUGUAUAGGCAAAUGCACGUUGAUAUGUUUGAAAGUCUAGUGAGUAUUGAUGAUGAUAGGACAAAUUUUACCGAAUUGUUGCAAAAAGAAGGUCUCUUGCUAGACCAUCAAAUUAUGCUGAAUUUCCUGUGUGAAUUUUUACCUUAUCCAGAUCCUGACUAUGCCCGUUAUGAACUAUCAUCAAAGGAAGAUUUGCAAUUAUUUAGAUUGUUAUUGAAGCACGCACACAAUGCUAAACCAUUCUUUGAUAAGUCAAAGGAGAAUUUAUUAAUUGAUACCAUGAAUUUCCUGUUGUCUAGUCUUGCACCAUCUACGAUGAUGGCCAUUAUGCCUAUUAUUACAUCCAUCGUUCCCUAUCAUUAUCAUAUCCAUUCUAAGAUUAUUGAUUACUUCCCCUUUUGUUACAGCAUCUGGAGUUCAGUCAGUGCCAAUGUGGCCAUCGAUACUCACAUGUACGAUUUUGUCGGGUCAAUUUCCAAGGACGUUCAUAAUAAGAUUUUAAACAGUAAUGGUGGGGAAAAUACAGUUGAAGUGAUGUUUGGAAAAUUUGGAAUUUUCACAGAAAAUCAAAUGACUUUUAUGUUCAAUAGGCUACAAGGCCAUCUUAGAACAGACGGUCAAAUACAUUCAUACUCCCGCACGGUAAAGCCAUUUGUUUAUGCUAUAAACGGUUCUAACAAGAAAGAUUUUUUUGAGAAGUUACUUAGUUUAACCAAAGCCAUCGAGACUUUCAUUCACCCCUCCAAUAAUGGGUUCUGGACUAAGCCAAAUGCUAAAUUUGUCCAUGCCUUCAUCAAAUCUUACCAUGGAAGAGUAAAAUACGAGGAAAAAUUACAUGUCAAUGGUGUUUCAAAUGGUAUAUGUUUAACAUCUUCAUGUCACGAAGAGAUAGUCGAAAUAUUCUUGAAUAUUGUCAGUCUGGGUUCACAGAAUAAGAAUUCUGAUAUCGCAAAUUAUUAUAUCUCUUGUUUCGCGUAUCUUUUAGAACUGAAUCCCUCAAAUGCGUAUUUAAUUUAUGACAAAAUACUGAUAGAUUUAUAUGAUACGCUGGCUGACCAAUUUAUCAAUUCAAGACACAGGAUCAUCUCCUCUUUGAAACAAUUCACAAGGAUAAUCCGAUUUAUUGUGAUGGAUAGGCUAUAUCGCGUGCAUAUAACAAAUAUUCUUUCAAUGUUGGUCUCCAAACUUGACAUGAAUGAUAGCAAUCUAACAAGCAACUUAAUCAAUGGUAUUGUAUCCAUUGCCGCUUUCAUACCUAUAACGAAACUCACCCGAGAGGAUGAUUAUUUAUCGUUUGAAUCUGAUACUCUUCCUUUAGUCCAACAACAUUUCUAUCAUAUUAAAAGCGGUGAAAGUUCAAGUACCUUCGAGAUUGACAAAGAACUGCUAAAUAACGCUUUCAAAGCUUCCACCACAAUUUUUGAAAGUGUUCUGAAAGUAUAUGUAGAAAAGAUUUUUCAGUUAAUUGAUGUAGACUUAGAGGACUCUUUGGUCACCAAAAUAAACCAAACCACUAUGAUUAUACAAGAGUCUAUGGACGAUGAUAUAUUCAAUUACUUUGCUGCUUUGUUACAGAGAAACUUUUGGAGCAAUGAUUCCUUCAAGGAGAAGGAUCCGAACUACGAAUUAGUUACCAUCCCAUUAGCGGCUUUAGUAAGAAGAAAUAAUUCUUUAAGUAAAGAUUUGGUCAGAACUCUUUUAUUCCAUGUCAAAGAACAGAUUAAAAGAGGUGCUGGGUCUGUGAGAAGUACUUCUGAAAUUCAACAGAGGGAUGUUAAAUUAGUUUUGUAUCUGACUGCACUGAACGACGUUUUAAGACAGUGUCAUGAGUCCUUAUUGGAGUACAGCGAUGAAUUGAUAACAUUUAUGGAAUAUCUAUACGACAACAUAACUAACCCGCCACUGGAUGUUAUUACAUCUAUUGUUAUUCACAGUGCCUUGGCAACUCUUUGUACUACUGAAAUAACUGACUGUCGUUUGUUCCCAGAAGACUCUAAAAUUCCUGAAGAGGAUAGAUGGGGCGGACUGCAGUUCGAUUCUAGAAGAUUUGACAAACAGCAUUUAAACUUUGAAUGGCAUGUUCCUUCUAGUGAUGAGAUAACCUUAUCCAUAAGUAUUCUAGAAAGUCUUACAGAAUACUGUAUCAACAAAGUAGAAGAGCUGAUGAAAGCCCCACGAAAUGAUUCCGAGUACGCCGAUAUGAUACAGAAGUACGUUCUAGUUAUGACACACACGCUCUCUGGGUCAAGUUUAUUGUUUGAUCCAGAUUUCAACAAGUAUAGAACACAAUCAAACCUGUCGUACAGAGAAAAGUUGAUUUUGUUGAAAAAUAUUCGUGAAAACAAUUGUGAUCCUCAAGAACUGGAUAUUGACAUUGAACAAAUUCGUUCUGGUAAGGACGAUGAAGACUACAUUGAAAGUAAGGAUAUUGAAGCAGGGCUGAAUACAGGUAUUUCUGAUGUCGUGCAAUUGAGAGAUGAGUACCCAGACGAAUUAAUUGUUGACGAUCAAAUGGCAUCAGAAAUGCCCUCCGGUGUGAAUACUCCUAUUAUAGGAGCCCGUGGCACUGAUAACUCAUCUAUGAGUUCAGACCUUGCCUUCAGAGAUUUAGAUAUUUACAGCUGUAAUUAUUACUUCGGAAACACCACUGAGGAGAAGUUACAAAAUCCACAAUACCUACAAGUCCAUAAAGUAAGGUCACGUAUUGGCCGUUUCUUCCACAAACUUUAUGUCUUCCUAUGUACAAACUUUGAAAACAACACCAACAUGUUUCAAAUUCUUUUACAUGGAUUAAAGGUUUGGUUUACAGAUUUAGGACAAGAAACGGUCUUCAAUGAAGAUCCAGAUGCCUUCAUUGAUGUUGACUUCUUAGAAAACGUCCAAUCGCUUUCGCAUAUAAAUGAGCCUUUUACAAGAACCAAUUUUGCGAUCAGAGCGAACGGUUUCCACCAAAGUAGGGUUCUCUUACAUUCAACAAAUCGAAAAGGCUCUAAGUUGGAAAAUCUUCUGUUGGUCGACAUCAUACAUUUGGCCACAUCCCUUUAUCCUGAUAUUUAUAAACCAGCCCAAGGCACUCUAGUACACUGUAUGAAGCAACUAGUAGGGUCAUAUGGUAUAGUUAUUAAUAAAGUUAUUCCGCUUUUGGAGAAAGCGGUUAAGAAUCAUGAUUAUAUGAAAACUCAAGUUAUUUUGAACGUGUUAUUGAUCAAGAAAAUUCACAGGAAGCUUAUGACGGAUUAUAAGGACAUCGAUAGACUAAUAUUUCUGCUGAUUGAAUGUUGUCAUGUGAAUGAACUAGAGAUUGGUAUGUAUGCAGAUAAGAUUUUAACUGACAUCGUGAUUGGAAUUAAGAUUCCUUCUAGUGUAUGUGUUAUUUCCGAUGAAGCUUUUCUACCUUUAGCACCUCCUGAUGGUACCAUCAAUAUGCAAGUUGAAGCAGUAAAGCUUGCAAAGAAGAAAAAGCGUGAAUAUUAUCUUUCAUUGCUAGUCGAUUUGCAGAAUAAACUGUUAGAUAAACUGGAUGAUGAGAAAGAGAUGGGGUGGAAGAUAAAAAUGUUUAUCUUGCGCUUUGUCACACAAAUGCAAUCGAAUUUGGAAAGUAAACCUGACAAAAGGGCGGUUUUUUCAAUAGCUUCACAAAUUGCUACAAAACAUCCAGAAAUUAUACAUUUGGUUGUAAAGUCAUUGUUGUCGACUUGCAAUAAAAUAAUAUCUUUGUCUGAUUAUGGCUAUGACAUUACUAGAGCCUAUAAAAAUGAGUUUAAUCCAUCUUUUGUUGAAAUACUGGAUACUUCCAAUGCAAGCUUCCCAAAAACCUUUACUAAAGAGAUGAAUAACUUUGAUCACCCUCUAUAUUUUAUUGACUCCAGAGCUUUUGUUGGAUGGUUAUGUUGGGGCAGACCUAUGUAUGUCAUGUCGUCAAAACCUUUGACCCUCAAUUUACAUGACAACGAACUAGAAGUGUUGAAAAGCACUGGCCACUUAGUAUCUAAAGAAUUUCUGAAAGAUAUCACAAUGAAUCUGGUUCAAGAUAAUGAGACGAGGGGCGUUUUUAGUAGUGGUAAUGUAUCAUUUCUGACCUUGAUUAUCCUUUUGAUAUCAUCCGGUCUCUGUGAACUAGACAUGUCGGAUCUCUUUGAGUUAUGUGAGUCGUACUAUAACAGGGACGACAAGGCUUCGAUGAUUAUGUCUGUUGAGAUAGUAGCUGGUUUAAUUUGCGGGAGUAAGUUUAUGAAUGCCAUUGAUUUAGAGAGGCGUGACGUUUUUAUAGAGAAAUUCCUUGCUAAAUGCUUAAAUUACGAAUUGAACCACGACGCAUUUGAAAUUUGGAGCACCUUGGCAUGGUGGUUGCCUGCCGUCGUUGAUUUGAGAAGAUCUAAAACUUUCUUUAGCCACUUCAUUAACGCCGAUGGUAUGUUUGACCGUGACUCCGAUGCAGCUACACAUCAGACCUCCAAAAUCUACAUGUUAAGAAGUAUUCUGAUGAGUAUGGAGUUUAGAGCGCCGGAUGUUCGCAGAUUGUUUGAUGAGUUGGUAUUUGAUCACCCAUAUGAUCAAGUUCGUCAAGCAGUCGCUAAACUACUGACCACUUUAGUUCAAAAUCAAAGUAAUCCAUCAAUUUCGGAUCCUGCGACAUUGUUAAAAGCAGAGUUGAAUGAUCCAGACGGAUUGGGAUUGCCAUUAAAACAGAUUCCAGAAAAAGUGGACACCUAUAUCAAGAAGCAAUUUGAAAUUAUUACGGGUUUGGCAGAUAGUGUUAUCGGCUUCAGUCCUCAAGAAUUUAUUAAGACUGAGUAUUUUUACAGGACGUCCACAUUGUUUUAUUGGAUCAAAGAAAUGGCAAGGGGACCUAAUAAGGUUCUAUUGGUCCCUUACUUAGUUGACUAUGUGCUACCCUUUCUUAUUGGAUUGGUGAAACAUAAAGAUGUUUGUGCCCUUGCAAGCUUAGAUCCUAUUCGAUUGUAUGCUGGCUUGGGAUAUAUGCCGAUCAGAAAGAACCAUGUUGUUGCCAUUGUUGAUUACGUUUGUUCAUCAAACGUAUUCCUCUCGUCAAAUCAAACGAAGCUGCAGUUGACUUUUAUUCAACACUUUUUAUCAGCGGAACUGCUUCAACUUACCGAAGAAGAAAAGAAUAAAAUUCUAGAAUUUGUCGUGAAUAACUUAUACAACGAACAAUUCGUAGAAGUGAGAGUUCGUGCAGCAUCUAUUCUGUCUGAUAUUGUUCAUAACUGGAAAGAAGAACAGGCAUUGUUGAGUCUGAUCGAGAGAUUUGCGAAAGGGCUUGACGCCGACAAAUAUACCUCAACAGAAAAGCAAAAACUGUCGAAGACAGAUAUCAAGAUUCAUGGUCACGUUUUAGGUUUGGGAGCUAUUAUAUCAGCCUUUCCAUAUGUUUUUCCCCUACCGCCGUGGAUCCCUAAGCAGCUGAGUAACUUAUCCUCGUGGGCUAGAACCAGCGGUAUGACUGGACAAGCUGCCAAGAACACCAUUAGUGAGUUUAAGAAGGUGAGGGCAGACACUUGGAAGUUCGAUAGAGCAUCUUUCAAUACGGAAGAACUGGAAGACCUGGAAGGUGUCCUAUGGAGGAGUUACUACGCUUGA